AUUUACUUUUAGGUUCGUCAAGAAAGAAAACAUAUCAGAUGAAUAACUCUGGGGGUCCUGUUGCCAAAGAUGAUAGUAACGAUGGUGAUAAUUCAAGCUUCUCCUUUGUGUACACCAACAAAAAGAAACCAGUCAGGCAAAUUUCACCUGUUCGAACUGAAAGUUCUUGGACCAAAAAAGGUGAUGCCAGGGGUGCAUUAUCCUCUACCUUCUCAUUAGGAUCUCGCUCAACAGAAAUUGAUACAUCAUGUGAAGAGAAUUUUCCAGCCCUUGGUGCUUGUGGGUCUAUAAAAGGUGCAGUUAAAAAGUCCAGCUGCCAACUGACACCUUUUGGAGGACCAGUAAAAGGAGUUAAACUUGAUGCUAUGCCUGAAGUUGCUGAUAUGCCUGCAGUUGCUGAUCUUAAACUUGAUGAUAAGUCUGAAUUUGGUGUAUGGGGAGUUUCAGCUAACGAGUUCAGCAACCCGCUGAUGACUUUUGGAAGAGCAGGAAGAAAAGUUAAACUUGAGGAUAUGUCUGAAGUUGGUCGUGGCCAGAAGUCCCCAAACCAAAGGUCAAAGAGAGGAGGACUAUGAAGCUUUAUCUAAAUGUGACCCAAGAUACUGAAGAAUAGUUGAAUUAACCUGCUUACUUUUAAAACUAAUUUUCUUUUAUCACUGCACUCUAUACCAUUACUGUAUUAAAUUUUUAGUUGUUAGAAACAAAUUUUUAUUUGUAGUACAGUUCUUAAGGAAACUGCACUAGUUAAGGAUAGCGUAAGUUUUUUAUUGUUAGAUAUGUCAGUAUGUAAGUGCAGAUAGUACAUGUAGAAAUUAACACGGAUUGAAAAAUAGCAUGAUUCUGUUUGGUACUGUAUAGUACAGGUUGUACCUCUCUAGUCCGGCAUUCUGUGGUCCGGAACGAUUUUAGUUUGUCCAAUA